AUGCCGCGGCGUUGGAAGAAGCCGCGCGACGACGAGACCGAUGCACCUUCCGUCGCGCUGAAGCACACGCCGGCGUGCUCGGCGGAGCAGCGUCAGCGUGCAGAAGAACGACUGCAACAGCUGUGGGCUGGGGAGCUGAAGCCGGCGCCGAGUCCGGCGAGUCCGCCGCCGGCGAGUCCAGUGCGAGGCUAUCCCAGUGCAUCCAAGCCGCGUCGAGGGGAAGCUUUCUUCCCCAUGAUGUCCGACUCCGAGAUGGCUCCCCUCUUGGUCCCCGCCACCGAGCCCGAGAGGAUUCGUUCCACCUUUCGGGAGCACGGCGUGUGCAUCGUGACGGAUGUCAUCAGCCCAGAAGACUGUAUGGCCCUGGAAGAUCUUUGGCAUGAUGAUUUGCUGCAACUGCUGGAUGAAAGUAAGCUGGAUCCCCAGGUGGCGAAACAAGCGGCCGCAGUGAAGGAAACGGUCAAAGCCUGGCCCAAGCAUUGGGACAGCCACUUGGGGAACAAGGGCAUGGCCUCGAAACACGCCUUGCCCCAUGGCUCCUUCGCAUGGGGCGCCAGGCUCCACCCAAACGUGCGUCGCGUCUUCGCGGAGCUCUACGAGAUGGGCGAGGAGGACUUAGCGGUGGGUUUGGACAAUGUCUUCUGGUGCAGCGCAGAGGAGGCUGGAACAAAUACCAACCCUGAGUGGUUACAUGUGGAUCAGAACCAUUGCACGGGGAUCACCUGGACCUGUGCGCAGGGAGUGCUCUAUGUGUGGCCCAGUGGACCCAACGACUCCAGCACAGUGGUCUGGCCCAAGAGCCACACCGAGGUCUAUGACCACAUGAUGGGCGACCCCGAAGCCAUCCACCGUGGCCGAUCCAUGGGAGGGCAGUCCGUGAAGCUCAAGGAGUUGCAGGAUGCCAAGAUCCGUGAGGAGCUCAUGCGCGACGCCUUCGAGAAGUCCCGGCGAGUGCCAUGCCCCGCUGGGAGCUUGCUGCUCUGGGACUCGCGCACCGUCCACCAGGGCUGGCGAGGAGGGCCGCGCCUGGCGAUGCCCAUUUGCUGGGAGCCCAAGACCCGACGAGACGAGGCCGCGUUGCGUCGAAAGCUCUGGAUGUGUGGCAGUGGAGUGCCCUCGUCCCACUCGGCGGCCGAGGGGCGCGUCCAUGGCAUGGCCAAAGAGGCACAUCAACCCGCUUUGGAAGACGGCUUGCCAUUGCUGCGAGCCAGUCUGGUGCCAUUUGCUAUCCGCAUCAACCAGGAGAGCGAUUGGCUUCGGCAACAGCAAGCGAUUUGGCCGAGUGACAACCCCAAGCGACAAGCGGACUGCAAUGACUUGAAAGCGGUGCUUCCACUGCUACGACCUGAGAUGCUGGAGGUACUGUGA